AUGACUCUACCACCUGAGAGCGACGUCGCUCUCUUGGGUCGACUACUGAACGGUUCGUUGGUGAACGCGGAUAACACAUCCCUCCUGCGCACCCUGCUCGAGUCUCUGAACGACACUGCUUCACGUCCGCGCGCUCCGGUCAUUGAAGUGCACAGCCAGCGGCAGUGGGUGCUGCCCUGGUGGACGCAACUGGUGUACGCCUGCCUUUUCGGAUUCAUGGUAGCCACGGCAGUGCUGGGCAAUGCCACUGUGGUCUGGAUUGUGCUCGCUCACCGGACAAUGCGCACCGUUACCAACUACUUCCUGCUCAACCUGUCGUUAGCUGAUGCCCUCUCGGCCACGUUCAACGCCAUCUUCAACCUGGUUUACAUGCUGGAGAGCCACUGGGCCUUCGGCGAAGCUUACUGCGUCUUCAACAACUUCAUCGCCAAUUUGACCGUGGCCUCAUCGGCAUUUACGAUGGCAGCCAUGAGCAUUGACAGGUACUUCGCCAUCGUGCACCCGAUGUGCGGUCGCCUGUCCCGGUGGCGUUCGGUGGCCAUCAUCGGGGCGCUCUGGGGCUGCUCGGCGCUCCUGUCUCUUCCGCCGCUGCUGUACUCACGCACCCGCUCCUACCGGUAUGCCGACGGGAGCGUGCGCACAGUGUGCAUCCUAGUCUGGCCCGACGGCCCUCCGUACGCCUCCUACGACGACUACUUAUACAACGUGGUGUUCUUGGUGCUCACGUACGGCGUUCCGGUGGCCACGUUGGCUCUCACCUACUGGCGCAUGAGCCGGGUACUCUGGGGAGACCGAUGCAUCGGCGAGUUUACUCGUCAACAGGAGAACGCUCAUCGCACCAAGCAGAAGGUGGUGAAGAUGCUGUUCACCGUGGUGCUGCUCUUCGCCGUGUGCUGGCUGCCCUACCACACGUACUUCCUCUACGUGUCGCACAACCCACACGUGGCCUACCUAGACCACAUCCAGCAUGUGUACCUCGCAAUGUACUGGCUCGCCAUGGCGCACGCUAUGUGCAACCCCAUCGUGUACUACUGCAUGAAUAAAAGGUUCAAGGGAUACUUCCGCACAUUCCUAUGCGGUCGCUGUUGGUCCAAGCCGGGGGCCGCGGACAAGCCAUGCGCCACCACGAGCCCGCAGGCCCAGCUGCGCUCGCUACGCUACUCGUCGGCCAAGGCGACGCAGAGCUUCACCCUCAAGAGUUUUCCCACGAGGGCCGCCUCGACGCACCGACAAGCGGUCACGUGCGGCAACGGCACCACAGCGCCGCCUUCGGGGCUGGCCAUCAACGACGGAUGAAAAUAAAUGUAUUGGCGCCGGAGCGAUCAACCGAGAAUGAAUGAAGAAAUGAGGUGGCAACCGCUCACUUAGUUACCCGUGCUUUUAGAUGGCACCCUAGGGUGCGUGACCGGGUGUGCGCGGAAUACAUCGAAAUAAAAUG